AUCAAAACUCAAGUUUGAAGUUUUUAUUUCAUUCAUUGUGUACAAGUUUAUUAAAUUUCUUGGAGCUAAUUAAGGUCCGGUCAUGGCUAGCUCGAGCUUCAUUGUUGGCAUCAUUGGGAAUGUGAUAUCUAUGCUCGUGUUUCUUGCCCCGGUGAAAACGUUCAAGCAUAUAGUGCAGAAGAAGUCAACAGAGAAUUUCAAAGGGAUCCCAUACAUAACAACACUACUGAGCACGAGUUUAUGGGCGUUCUAUGGGCUUCUCAUGCCUGGAGGUUUGCUUGUGGUGACGAUAAACGGCACCGGUGUUGCCUUGCACAUCAUCUACGUCUCUCUUUUUCUCACUUAUGCUCCUAAAAACGUUAGGAUUCAAUCUUUGAAGAUGGUUGGCAUCAUUGACGUAGCUUUCUUCGGGGCGGUGGUAGCAAUAACUCUUUUAGCUCUACAUGGAAAUACAAGGCUUAUGCCGGUGGGGCUUCUGUGCACUGGACUAACUAUUGGCAUGUAUGCUUCCCCUCUUUACGAAAUGGGGACAGUGAUAAAAAGGAAAAGUGUGGAGUAUAUGAUGCCAUUUUGGCUCUCAUUUUUCCAAAUGUUGAAUGGGGGCAUUUGGGCUUCUCAUAGUGUUCUUGUAAGGGAUCUAUACUUAGGAAUAUCCAGUGGAAUUGGAUUCCUACUCGGCUCAGCCCAAAUUAUCCUUUACUUCAUCUACUACAAGUCAACGCCGGCAAAUUUUACUGUGGAACCUGGUCCAUAG